CCCCCCCUCCUCCCUUCCCAUCUGCUGCCCCCCCAGCUUCCAGGCACCUGGUUCCCCCCAGGUGCGUGCCAGCCAGACCUCUCCAAAGGCGCACGGUUUGGGGGCUCGGUCCCCUCGUCCUGGGGUGCCCAUGGCCGGCCGCCGGGCCGUGCCCCCUUCUCUGUGGUCCGGCCACGAGCGACUUCGCAUCGGCGAGCGUCUCCAAGCCAGCCUGGCUGGUCUUUGGGAACUGGAUCUCUUGCGCGUAAUGCAGAAAGCCAGCGUGGAGAGCGCCUUGGCUGGGUCGGAGGAGCCCAGAUCGGAGGACCCCAAUGUCUUCGGAGACGAGAAGUUGAUCCAUCCCAACGGCGCAAAGUUGGACCAGAACAAAGCAGCGUCCGUCCUCGGAUGCGGCGAGGGACGUUGUGGCUUGUACGCCUCAUCGGAGAACAUGGAGUUGUGCGUUCACGCCGAAGAUGGCGCGGACAAGGAAGGUUUGGGGCUGAGGAUGAUGGGCGAGGAGUCCAAGAAAGCGGGCCUCAACGGAGGAGACACCACGGAGGUGCCCGAAGCCGAUUCCAGACCCAGUUCAGGGUUUUACGAAACCAGCGAGAUGGGCUCCCUCUCGGAUUCAUGCGCCUCGGUGCACAGCGACGGACCGGGGGCCUCGCGGUGUAGCAUCGGUUCCCUCCCUCACCUGCCCGGAUUGCGCGAGAAUGGCUUCAUCCGCCCGCGGUCCACGGACGAGGCUGCCGUCCGUCUCCUCGACCUCCAACUUCAGCGCCUGACCUUGGCGAGGGCAGCCGGGACUGACAACCGACGUCCGGUAUCCACUGGUGACCUCGAGUUCCUGUUGGGCCUUGGCUCCCUGCCCCUCUCGAGACCCCCAAAUUUCCUACGGUACAAGUCCGAUCUGGUCUCUCGAAACACCAACGAAGUCUACCACUACCCCAGUCCUCUCCAUGCGGUAGCUUUACAGAGCCCUCUCUUCACCAACGGCCUCUCUCAAAGCUCGUCCCAGGAAGAUCUCGAUGAGACGCCUCCGAAGGUUCCCAGAUCCGACUCUCCCAAGAGAGACCCCCUCUGCUCCGGAGAACUCCCGAAGAUCCGCUUGGAUCAAUACGUGGCGAAAUUGGUGCUACGGUACAAGUGCCGCACAGCAGCGAGUCGAACCGAAUCGGGAUACCUCACGGGGAACCAGAAAAGUUUAUCGAUGACGUCCAUCUGCAGUUCGGGACCGGUAGCUGGUCAAGUCCUGGGCCCGAUUCCAGGAUGGAAGAUACGACGGCGUAUCUCCACUUGUUCUCACUUGCGUUCUCCUGAAGGUUCAGAGGGAGCACGAGAUUCCCGGGUCCUGGACGGGUUGUGGGACUUCCCGCCGUUCCCAGAGAUCAACUUGUUUCAAUCGAGUACCACCAGCCUGGUUAAACCUAGCGAGUCAUCUGUUAUAUGCCUCCCAACGCCUCAGGAUUCUUCUGUCAAACUCGUCCUGAACAAGCCAUCUGCCACGCCAGAUAAAAAAAUUUGGGCAGCAGGGCCCCACCAACUGAUAAUCAAGGCCGAGCCCUCUUUGAGAAAGGAGACGUCAUUGCCUCGAGCUGUGACUGGCGUCGACAAGCUGUACAAAGGCAAACACGCUUCGCGGGAGUUGGUGAAAACGUCCGAGCGAGGUGAGAAGGCGACCGAGAGAAGUUGGUUGAGUCCCCGCGAACUGCUACGCAGAUUAAGUCUCCGGCGCAAACCGUCAUCCCGCGUGGCGGGCAGGGCCCGAGCCAGUUCAGAAAUGAACGUUCAUGCGGCCGCGGGGCUGGUGUGCCCCAGCCAACUUCAAACCAACCGAGGCAAGGCCAUCAAGCCGAAAUGGACGUCGGUGCUGGAAAUUUCCAGCAAGUCCUCCGGACGCCAUCGCACGAAAGGAGGGACGUUCCUGCCGCCGGUGGUUUUGAACCGCAACCUUGCCUUUUCCUCCGACGCGCCGGCAACCUUCUGCUUCCCAGAAGACGGUCAUUUUGACCUGCCGCCUCGGCAACAGGCCGGACGUCCGGGCAACGGGUCCAGGCUGAGCGAGGUGGAAGCAACCAGCGCGGUCAGCCUGAACGGAGACUGGAUGUUCCACCAGCUCGGAGACCGAUGGCUGCACGGUUCCGCCACGUUGGAUUCGUCCGAUCUGCCGCCUCACAACUUUAAGCUCCGACGCAGCCGUUCUUUCAAAGAGCUGAAGAAGAUUGUGUCUCGCUCCUUCAAGAAUUCCAGAACUGCCAAAUACUAGAGAGAGAGAGAGAGAGGAAAAAAAAGGACAUUCCUUUGGGACAUAAGUGAAAGAUAAAUUAACGUCUGAAUGCGUUGGGGGUGGAGGGGGCCCGGUUUGGUUUUUGUCGCGAUCGUGUUGCAGAAGUUUCUCUCGUCGUUUGGACGAUGAGACGGCCUCCUGCAAGGUCCUGAAUUUGGCCGAGGAUGUCCUGAAUUCAAAUGUAAACCUCUCGCGAGACGUGGGACACCGACGGGCCCGCACGCAAACCAAAGCUGAACUUGAACUCGAGAUCUCCCUCGAAACACCCCCCAUCCCCCCCGAGAUGUUUUCUGUCAGCUCCUGCUCCUCCUCACUUUGGAUUGGCUUUCUUAAUUCUGCCAGCCAGGAGCAUAGAAGGGGAUCGAAGAAAAGUCACAAUUGGUUGAAGUCUGCUUCUGAUCUUGGUUGUUUUGAUAUCAGGGACCAAUCAUGUGCAGUUUUCUUAUUGUUUGCCACCGGUGAUCCACUCUGGGUAGUCUAUGCCCGAUCAGUGAAUGCCAAGUGCUAUUUUGGGUUCCUCAUACACAAUAAACCCAAAAAAGAUGUUAGGUUUCCAAGAAUCUGAGGUAGUUUGGAGAGCCUGUGUCAUGCUAUCACCUUUCCUCCCAAUCAUCUGGAUUCGAAGCUAGUUCUCAGUGAGGACAAUCUUCCAUUACAGGUUGCCCUUGACUUACGGCCCCAAAUUCCUGUCGCUAAAGCAAGGCAGUUGUUAAGUGAGUCUUGCCCCGUUUGAUGACCUUUUCUGCCACCCUGGUGAAGCAAAUCACGGCCGUUGUUAACUUAGUCACACGGUUGUUAAGUGAAUCUGCCUUCCCCGUUGACAUUGCUGGUCAGAAGGACGCAAAAGGGGAAUCCCGUAACCCCGGGACGUUGUAAAUAUGAGUCCGUUUGCCAAAAGCGUUCGAAUUUUGAUCAUCGGGGGAUCAAAAUGGCCGUGUGUGAAAAAACAGCUGUAAAUCACCUUUUUUUCAGUGCCGUGGUUAACUCCGAACGGUCACUAAAUGAGACUGUCGUAAGUCAAGGACAACCUGUAAGGAUUUCCUUAACAAUUGCCUCAGUUAGCAAAAGAAACUUUGGACUUGUUUAUGAAUUGAGGGCUAUUUUGUCUUUCCAAUUCUUACAAACCCACAGCUUUGGAUCACGAAAAUGGAGCCGUUAUCCAUAUUCGGCUCAAAAUACGGAUAACGGCUCCAUUUUGGAGCCGUUAUCUGUAUUUAUAUCCGUUAUUUUGUGGUUUAAUUCGUCACACUAAAACAAAAAAAAGCUACUUUAUGGCUAAGCCCAGGCUUAACUGGGGUUAAACAGGCCACCUUGAAAUGAUUCGAUGUGGCGUCAACCAGAGAGACGGUUCUGAGGGGUGAAUGAACCUUAUCCUCGGAUUACGGCUCCCAUCAUCCUCAACGGGGAGCAACAGGGCUGGCUGGGGAUGAUGGGGCGUCGUAGUCCAGCCAAACAAGGACGUGGUAGCUGAUGGGAGAACGGCUUCCGCCCCUCCGUUCAGUUUCCUGGGGGGGCGAAAAGAAAAUCUUUUGCCCGUUUUAGAGCAGAAUAGAAUAGGAGAGUUGGAAGGGACCUUGGAGGUCUUCUAGUCCAACCCCCUGCUUAAGACACCAGGAAACCCGACCCCACUUCAGACAAACGGUUAUAUUUUUUUCAGGGAUCGUGCGUUAUUUCUGCAAAUCAAAGCAACGUGUGCCACACCCCAGCCUUAAAAAUCAGGUGCCACGAAGGUGAGUCCGUGUUUCCCCCGCACCAAGCUAUGCAAUUUUGCAUAACUCAUACCUGUUGCUUUAUUUUCCCUUUUUUUUUUUUUCUUCUUUCCUUUCCGAGAGUAUAAAAGGCCUUCUCUGCCAAUUGCUGUUUACAUCGAGAUUCAAUUCCUUGGCACCGCAUUGCUAAUAACAGUAAUUAUCAAGGCGGGGAGACAGAAAGGAGCAUGCCAACAAGUCGAAGCUUGCUUGGCGAAGAUCGUGCAGAAUUGGCCCUUAAAUCUGCUUUCUUUUCAUUCUUUUCCUGGCCCAGAAACGCUGCUUCAACAACUCUGCAGUCUAACCCAACCUUUUUUAAAAUAAUAAUAAUAUUUUUUUAAUUGAAUUGACCUCGAUGAACUGCUAAGAUGAACACCCAAGGUAUUUUAUAUCUCUCGGAUAUCUAAAUAUCCAAAAUAGCCCUUCUUUUUAUUUUAUUUUAUUUUCCUGUCUCUCAAGUUUCUAGUCCUCCUGAUUUGUUUUACAGGGGGGGGGAGGGUUCCUUGGUUGAACGACCACAAUUGAGUCCCAAAGGUGGUUUUUCAGGUGUUUGUUUUUUUUUCUUUUGAAGACGUUUCGCUUCUCAUCCAAGAAGCUUCUUCGGCUCUGACUGGAUGGUGGGCAUCCAAGAAGCUGAAGAAGCUUCUUGGAUGAGAAGCGAAAUGUCUUCAAAAGAGAAAAAACAAGCAAGAAAGUCCAGUUUGCCUCCUGCAAAACCACCUUUGGGACUCAAUUGUGGUCGUUCACUCGAGGAUCCCCCUGUAAAACAAAUCAUGAGGUCUAGAAACUUGAGAGACAGGAAAGUAAAGUAAAAUAAAAUAAAAGAAGGGCUAUUUACAAGCCCCAAACAUCCGUUGAUAAACGAGACGCUUGUUAAAAAUAAAAUAGAGAUAAUUCCUCAGUUUACGACAAUUGAGAUCCAAAUUUGUCACUAAGCGACCCAUUUUUUAAAAAUUUUGAAGGUUGAACGAUGCUUUCCAAUGUUGCUGUAACUUCGGACCGUCACUAAGCGAACGGUUGUAAGUCGAGAACUUCCCUCUCUUUUGUUGAUAAAAGGCAGUUUUCCCACCUGGAAAAGUUGGAUCUCUCGUCGACCGCAACCGAACGCAGCUGGGAAUUUUAAUAGCUGGAAUCACAAUUUAUUUGAGGAGUGUGUGUGUGUGUGUGUGUGAUGUAUUUUGAAGUCCCCUCCGGCAACUUUUCGUUGCGAUUGCAGCCUCACAAAGUCAGGCAACCGAGGCAGGUGCCAAAAAAGUGACGGUGAUUUUAUCCAGCCCUAAAUAAGAAUUAAAAAAUUUGGAUGCUCCCUUAAUGCUGAAUUUUGUGCGCUGUGUUAAGGGAGAUUGUGUGGCUGUGUGUGUGUGAGGGACAGCAUUUGAGGCACAAUAUGGUUAAACUGUCUAGGGAUGUCCUAUCUUUGUAGGGUAGACUGCUGAUAACACAGCCUGAAUGUCCAGACAGCACUAAUCCAGAACCAAACAAACCACCUUAUGGCUUAUUGCAAUGGGUAAACUGAGUCACGCAUUACGUCCUUGGCCAAAAAAGCUGGAUAUGCAAUCAGAAAGGAGCUUUUAAGUGAUCCUUGACUUCUGACCCAAGAUUGGGAUUGGCAUUUCCAUCGCUAACCGAGUCAUGCCCAAUUAAUAAUAAUAAUAAAAUUGCGGUUUAUUGAACAAGCCAUGUUUAAACCACAUCCAGGUUAGUCCUCAACUUAAGACCUCCAGUGACUUGGCUUGUCAGGUUGCAAAAGGGAGAUCACGUGACCCCUGGAACGCUGGAACCGUCGUAAGUAUGAGUCUGUGGCUAAGUGUCUUGAAUUUUCAUCCCAUGACCACGAGGAGGCGGUCACGGUUAUAAGCGUGAAAAACGGUCAUGCCAUUUCCCCUCCCCCCCCAGCGAUGUUGUAACUUUGAACGGUCACUAAACGAACCGUUAUAAAUCAA